UGGGGGUUGGGGGGCGGGGCCGGGCGACGCCGGGCCGGAUGGUGUUCGGCGGGGUGGACUCAGCUGUCUACUUGUAUCUCUAGAGCCGCGCACCUCGGAAGAUAAAUACAUUGUUGCAAUAGUAACAGGAAGCGAGGAAGGGGUACCGGAGUUUGCUUUGGACGGAGUUUUGAGUGGUGUCGAGGCCCGAGAUGGACAAGCUGAAGAAGGUGCUGAGCGGCCAGGACACGGAUGAUCGCGGAGGACUGACCGAUAUUAUUGAAACACCGUCAUUAAGCUGGGGCACAAGAAUCAAAGGCUUUGCUGCUUGUUUUGCCAUAGGGAUUAUCUUCUCACUGAUGGGGACUUUUAUGCUGUGGGUGCCUCGGAGAGGACUUGUCCUUUUUGCAGCAUUUUAUACCUUGGGGAACAUUGCAUCACUUGGGAGCACUAUUUUUCUCAUGGGACCAAUGAAGCAAUUGAAGCGCAUGUUUGAGCCUACACGACUGAUUGCAACCAUUGUGAUGUUGUUGUGUCUUGCCCUCACUCUGUGUUCUGCCUUCUGGUGGCACAACAAAGGACUCGCUCUCCUUUUCUGCAUUUUGCAGUCUUUGGCCUUGACGUGGUACAGUCUUUCCUACAUACCAUUUGCAAGGGAUGCUGUGAAGAAGUGUUUUAAUGUGUGUCUGGCCUAAUAGGCAAAAAGGCACUUUUGAAAAGCCUUGGCAAGUACGGAAGACCAAUUUCUGACGACAGUUUUGUAAAUAUUUUCCUAAUUCUGUCUUACAGACUUGAGCCUUUUUUUUUUUUUUUUGGCUUGCAGCAGGUUGUUGCUUGUGUUUAAAAUAUUGAUGGUUGUUUUUGUAAGCAAUGAUAUGUUUUCAAACCAAAAUGUCCGUUGCUCUGUGUCAGUUUUUGCGUGCCUGGAUUUUAAAGAGCAGAAUGUCAUUGUUCUUUCCCUUUCCCACUCUCCCUCUCCUUCUCUCCCUCUCUUUCCUCUCCCUCUCCCCCCAUCUCUCUAUUUUGAAAUUUCACGGCAUUGUUGUUUAUGAUUAAAAAAGAAAAGUACAGACUUA